AUUUUGACUUAAUUACAACUUUUAAAUGUCAACUAAAUUCCAGAAUUAGGUUUACUCUAUUUCACAUACAACUUGGUAAAUAACAUAUGUACAUGUAUAUAUAUAACUCAACUCACUUUCUUCCAAGUGUUCAAUUGCACACAAGAACAAAACUUCAAGAAAGACAUAUUAGUGAAUAUAUAAGCUCUAUGGCAGAAGAAUUUCAGGCGGAGGUCUGCGGCGGAAGCUUGUGGAGUUCACCGCGAGCUAUCUUUAACACAAACUCGUCGUUUUUGAGCACCUAUGGAGGCUGCUGGCAAAAUGAUUUGAUAAAUAUGAAAACAAGGUCAACCGACGAGUCUUCCGGCUGUUGUGCCACCGCUAUCUUGCCGGAUACCGCCUGUCAGAUGAUGGGGUCAUCACCAUCUACAACCACCAAUUGGUAUCAAGCUUUAUUAGUUGAUGGAAGAACUGGAGAGAGUUAUAGGCAAACCCUACCAGAAAUCUUGAACAAUUUACCAUCAAAUUUUGGUAUGGACCAAGAUCAAGCUUCAAACUUCAUCACAAACUCGGGUGAUUGCACCGGAAACUUUGGUAGUAUGAAUGAUUACCCUUCAAGUUUGCUACAAACUUUAUUUGAUGGUGAAUCAUCACCACCAGCAGCCGCAACAGUUUAUGAUGUUCAAACGAACUUAAACAACUUUGAUCCGGUUUCAAGUGUAACGUUUUUUAGUAACACGUCCGCUUUGGAUAUAAACGAUAAUCAAGCAGGUUUUUUCGCAUCAAAUCAGGCAUAUGAAGAGAAACCCAAAUGCUCUAACAUUAAGACGCGAAAUGAAGAUUUCCUGGACGAUAUGGGAUCAUCAGUGAAGAAAAGUUCGAGUGAAUCUACUACAUAUAAGCGACCUCGUCUUGAAACGCCAUCGCCAUUGCCAACAUUUAAGGUUCGAAAAGAGAAGCUAGGCGAUCGAGUCACUGCGCUUCAACAAUUAGUUUCGCCUUUCGGAAAGACUGAUACGGCAUCGGUUCUCCAUGAAGCCAUUGAAUACAUCAAGCUCCUUCAUGAUCAAGUCAAUGUUCUAAGUAACCCCUAUAUGAAAAAUGGAGCUACUAUGCAAGUGCAACAGAUAAGCGACAAAGCGGAAGACAACAAUGAAGGAGCUAAACAAGAUUUAAGGAGCCGAGGCCUUUGCCUUGUACCGGUAUCUAGUACCUUCCCGGUCACUGCAGAGACCACACCCGAUUAUUGGACAUCAUGUUUCCGGGGUACAUUUUAACUCGGCACAACGUUAAAGUUCAAGACUCAAAGCUUCAUAAACUUACAUAGGCUAGCUAAUGGUCGGGUCGGUUGUUCACUUGUUCUUCUCAAAAGAUUAGCUGGAGCAAGUUCGUUUCUUAAGUUUUUUCGUUAUUUUGAUUAAAAUGAAUUAUUCAAAAUAACGAAAAAAGUUAAAAGAACUAGAAAUAUGUUGCUUAAUGAUGAAUAUAAGCCACAUAUUGGAGUAGUGUAGUAGAAGUACAAUGAACAAAAGUUGGAAAAGGAAAGGGAAAAAGGAGGAUAUGAGAAAAAAUAAAGCUACAAAGUGACCCUUGAAGGAAGGACAACCAAUGCCAGUAUGAUGUAGGGCAAGCAAAUGAUUAGGGUUCUAUUUAGAGAAACAAAUAAAUAUCUUUUUUUUUUUUUUUUUUUUUGUAUUUGGUUGUAUCUAUAGUAUUUUACUAGAAAGUUUUUUUGUGUUAGUUUGAUUAUUGCAACUUUUAGAUGUUAA